AUGGUACUCAUAUAAAAGAUAUUUUAAUCCUUCCUCAAGAUGUGUAAAACAUUAAUUAGUAGGAAGUAGUUGAUAAAUACACAACUUUCUAAAAACAUCAAACAAAUAUCACUUACUUUAUUUAAGAGUGUUAAUACGAUUUUAUAGAGUAAAUUUUCAAUAAAAUAUUUACAGACAAUAGAAGGAUAUUCUAAGUAGAGGUAAAAAAUCUUUAAAGAACAAACAGAUUUGGUAUAAAAUAAAAUAAGCAAAAGUUUGAGAUAGAUGUAUAAUUUAUGGAAUUUUAGUUCUUUGAAACGAUUUGUAAAUCUAUGA